AUGCUCAGCCUCAUGCGAAUGCUUCGACUUAUCUUCUCCUAUUCAACACAUUAUCGAUCACCCACAAACAUGACUAUCCUGUUCAUGAAGAUCACCAAGCAGUUGAUCAAACGCUGUAUGGAAUAUCUCACAGAAAACGGUAUGGUCUCUAUCUGGAAUCAGCCCAUUGAUGUAAUGCUCACCAAAUUGAACUACUGUGUAUCCUUGAACGAAUCCUACCAAGCAGCAUAUGAUAAGAUAAGCCAAGAGGAUGAUCCCAAGGGAAAGUAUACGAAAAUGGAAUUUUCUCGGAUCCAGAUAUUCGGAGACUUCGAUUCGUUUAUUACACGGGUGAAGGCUUUGACAUUCAUCAUGGAGAACCUACAGAAGUACACGGCCAUUGAGCAUUUGGCCGUCGAAGAAAGGACAGAACUGUUGGAACAUUUGUCGAAACUGAGAGGUGACUUCAGCUCAAAGCCACAUGAUUACUUGUCAGCCAACAGUAGUCAGUUUACGAAGGGCUUGACAAAUUUUACCGAAGGAAUAAGGUGUUUAGAGCAAAAAGUAGAGACGGCGUUUAACCAGUAUGCUCAGCGUGGGAACAGUGUUCACUUCUGCUUGCUACGUCUACAGCGACUGGAGUCAGUUGACCUGCCACUCCGUGGUCAAUUACAACGCUACAGACGUUUGUUUACCGCUUUUCGGACAGAAAUGGAAGAAAUUGCCACCGCCUACACACUUUACUGCGAGGUUCCACCGCUUGAUCGUGGAAUGCCACCGUUUGCAGGUCGAAUCGCUUGGGCUCGUCGAUAUUACAUGCGUUUGUCACACCCAAUGUCCAUGUUUUGGAACCACGUACCUUCUCUACGAGACACUAAAGAAAUUUACAAGGGAAUUGCACGUUACAACCGUGUGGCGCAGGUUUUAGUUGCCUACGAAAUACUGACGUACAGAAACUGGAAGUUACAGCUAAAGCACCAAAUCCAGGGUCUUGGCGCUCCGUUGCUGGCUAUUGUGAAGACAGAUGACAAGCGGGAUGAAGUUGUCAAUCUGGACCCAAACCUGACGGCAUUAUUUCGCGAGGCCGUGUGCAUGGACCGGUAUGGCUGUCCGAUCCCGAACUUGGCGCGACAGGUGUUUCAGCGCUCCCAGUUUAUCAAAAUAAGGAGAAAUAAGUUGCAGGAUAUGUUGACCAGAGUGAACUCAUUAUUCAAGCGCAUGACCCCGGAAAUGGAAAAAAUAUUAACGGUUCGUUUGUACGCAUUCUACCGCACAUAUUACCGUGGGUUCUACGAGCAUGAUUGGUGCAGCUCGGUGGCGGAGCAUUGGAUGCAGGAAGUGGAAUCCGAAGUCGAUCAGCUGAACGCUCUGCUUGAUAGGGCUGCCGACGUGUUUAACAACCAGAUUGAUGCAGUGAUCAAAAAGAUUGCCAAUUAUACUCUCAUCGAGCUACCCGAACCCCCGGACACCAUGGAAGCUAAUAACGGGCCUAUCACUGAGCACGAUGUCAUUUUCGACCAGGACAGUACAGCGUUUACAGCUGGGUCAGCAAGUAGACUAUAUCAACCCCACAAAAGUCCGUGGCGAAGCUCUGCCUGGGACGUCUACACUCUAGUGCGUACAAUACAUCGAAGCACGCUCUUUGGAGCGGUACAAAUCCAAACAAUGUCCAAGUCGGUGGAGGAAGCUGCUAACCAAUACAUAAGCAUGAUUGCCGGUGAUUUUUAUGAACAUCUGCAAAGAUUCGGUAACCCAGCGAAAUCAGCCUUUGAAAGUGAGAACGAGGACGACGGUGACGUUGUCAUGUUUGGUUCGCGAGGAUUGGCAAGCUCGGUGGAGGACCGCCGGGAUAUUCGCAUCCCGUUUGUAACUUCACAAGGCCCAAGCGAGGCGAUUCGGCGGCAAAAAUUGAUCACAAAAAUUUAUUCAGCUAUCGAUGAACUGUUGCGUAGCUUUGGACAGAAGACGUUAGACGCUGUGAUCACCACUGUUCGAUCAGCAUUAGAAGAUGUGUGGCGCUACUUUGGAAUGCGUGAAGCCGGUGGCCUGUUAAAGGAUGUUCCAGUUGGUCACAGAGUAAAAGCAGGCCCGGUUAGACCACGUCCAGUAGUGCAAUGUGAGGUGGUGCUGAUGAACGAACGUCUAACUCUUCGUCCGUCUUUGGAGGAAAUACAAACGGCGAUUCGAGCGAUCAUCGGGUGUUGCUUGACAUGCACCAAGUACAUCGGCAAGUGGAAUGAGUCUAGUCAGCGGGCCGAACAUUUGCUAACACCAGGACUCAGAAACCUUAUGGCGCGUUUGCCUGUGAGCCGCGUUUUACCGAAUAAAAUGAACUCUACUCCGGGAGAAGGCAGGAGAGAGGCAUCAAUGUACGACCGCCGUUCAUUAGUGCUGAUGCAUUCGGCAACCACCUUCUUGAAUACAGGGCGCCGAAAAACUUCCGAUUCAACGCUAGAUCGUUCCUCUCUCAAUGAUGCUAGCUCAGAACACAAACGUGGGCGACGGGCCACCGGAUCAGGAGAAUCGGCAAAAGAUUUUGAUCCUCUUGAUCUUAUUGAACUGGAGGCCAACUGCUUUCAAGACGUGCGUCACGAUCGAGAAGUAUACCGUAUGCAGACCAUGCUUAUCACUUGGCAAAACACCAUGAAGCGUAUCCUGUUCCUCCCCAGAGGACUACUAAAAGAGUUAAAGACUAUCACGGAGCCGCUCGAACUGUUCUCCCAACUAUGGACUUUAACUCCGGAGCGUAAUAUGGAAAACUUUCUACGGGAUUAUGAAACUCCAAAUCUCUCGGAUUUUGAGAGCAAGUUUCAGGAAUUCUUGGAGGUUGAGUCAAAACUGGAUCGUUUGUACAAUCUAUAUAUCGUUGGACCUCUAGAAGUGCUGACUGACUCAUUUCGUCGUUCAGCACAACAAUGUCUGCUGGAGCACAAGCAAAUUUUCAUGUGUAAAUGUAUUGAACUCUUCGUCACACAUGUGCAACCUAUGGCAGCUCAAAUCGACGAAUAUGACCGCUCCAUCCUGCGUCCAAUUGGAAAUAUAGACGACAUAUUCUACGCAAUAGAAGCAUUGACCAAAUUUCGUGCUAAUGAAGUAUCUAUGGAUAUGAACUUGUUACAAGCAGAGGAGACCCAGGCAAUGUUGAAUCGAUAUGGCAUGGAACUCCCACAAGAGCUCACCGAGCGCAUUGAUUCCACUCGCUGGGCUUUCACACGCCUUGUGGACAAGAUGGCAGAGGCCGUUGAUCGCAUCGGUGAAAUGCAACAAUCCCUCCAACAAGACCUGGUUGAAUCGGGCAUGAAACUCCGCCAACGUGUUCAAAGUUUCAUGACGGAGUAUGACAAGCGUGGACCUAUGACUCCCGGAUUAACACAUUACGAAGCAUUCGAUAGACAACUGCUAUUCCGAAGCACACAUGAACAAAUUAUGCGAAAAGUGGAGAGUUGCGCACGCGCAGAACGUCUAUUUGGCCUAAGUCCUAUCGCAGACGAUGGGCUACGGAACAUCGGACAGCAGCUGGAUUUGCUACAGCACUUAUACGGACUAUACAGUGAGGAUAUGGGGCACUGUGUGGGUCAGUAUGUGGUAGUUUUCAACUCCUCUGACCAAGUGGAUGCCCAUGGUAUCAAUCGCAUUUUUAAAGGACUUGUUCAAGCCGGAGUAUGGUGUUCCUUCGACGACUACGACCGUCUUGAUCUGUCCAUGUUAUCGGUGACCGCACAACUUACCGCCGCCGUGUUACAAGCCAAAAGAGACAUGAAGCCGACAUUCAUGUUCCCCGAUGGUGAUACACUUUCCGUCAACCAAGAAUUUGGCAUAUUCACUACCACGAGUCCAAACUAUGCAGGAAGAAGACAAUUACCAGAAAACGCAAAAGUCUGCUUUCGGGUCAUUGCUGUGAUGGUUCCAGACCGCCAGACUAUCAUCCGGGUCAAGCUAGCUGCAAAUGGAUUUUCAGAUCAUGCCAGUUUGGCAAGCAGAUUCCAUCACUUGUAUCAAAUGUGUGAGGAUCAAUUGAGCAAGCGGGUUCACUAUGACUUUGGUCUACGGAGCGUGCUUUCAGCACUUCGGAAUCUGGGAACCAAUCGACGAACUCACAAGGAUCAAUCCGAAGAGCAAAUUAUGAUGCGUGUGUUGCGUGACAUGAAUUUGGACAAACUUGUUGGGCAAGAUGAAGCAUUGUUUUUGGCUCUGCUGGAACAAAUGUUUCCCGGGGGGACGUUCGACACAGCAAAAUCGGAGUCAGACAUCGGAUGCAUUCUUCGCAGUCAGGUGAUUCAGGCAGGUCUUACUCCACACGAACCAUGGUUAGCCAAAGUACAAAAUCUUUUUGAACUGCAACGGGUUCAGCACGGAUUGAUCGUCCUUGGACCCUCUGGAAGUGGAAAGAGCAAGGGCAUUUCGAUUUUACUACGAUCGCUUACCGAGCAAGGCCAACCACAUCGAGAACAGCGUAUGAAUCCGAAAGCCGUCACAGUGAGCGAUAUGUUCGGUAGUUAUGACGUUCUAUCAAACGACUGGACUGACGGUAUAUUCACCUUCAUUUGGCGUCGCACUCUGCGUUUGAAGCCAAGCGACUACUGUUGGUUAGUGUUUGAUGGUCCAGUGGAUGCAAGUUGGGCAGAGAAUCUCAAUUCCGUCCUGGACAAUAACAAAAUCCUCUCUCUCGCUAACGGCGAUCGCAUUCCGAUGGCUCCUAAUUGCAAGAUUGUUUUCGAAGUAGACAAUUUAGACAACGCGUCGCCGGCGACCAUCUCACGCAAUGGGGUUGUCUACUUUGGUAAUGCUACGCUAACCUGGUCCGCAGUUUUUCUGAGCUGGUUGCAAACUCGAUCUGAGUUUGUCCGGAGUGUCGUUGAGCCACUGGUGAACAAUCUGUUCCCUCCACUAAUCACAUGCAUCGAAAUGGAUCCCGCAGUCAAAAUACCGCAUCCGGUGGUUUUUUAUAUCCGACAGUUUUGCGACCUCUUUUCCGGGUUGUCAGUGGAUCAGACGGACAAUGCAAUUCGAUUAACCAACCUGACGUUGUUCUGCCUGGCAUGGUCAUGCGGGGGCCUUCUGGACUCCGAUGGGCGAAAAAAACUGGAUCAUCAGAUACGCGAGCUUUGCGCCGAUGCAUGCUUGCCCACUUCAGAUAACCAGACUUCCUUAUUUGAUUUUAAAGUAUCUGAGCAAGGUGGCUGGAUUCCUUGGACUGAGUGCGUUGGACCUUAUAUUCACCAAGCUCCUCACAACCAUUUAUACAACACCAUCGUCCCUAACGAAGACACCGUGGCCACGCAGUACCUACUCCAAGCCAUUGGAAAACAAAACAAACCAGUCUUGUUGAUGGGUGCGUGUGGAACCGGGAAGACAACCAUUAUCCGCAACUAUCUGAAUCAGUUUGAUCCGGACCUUUAUUCGAACACAACGUAUAGCUUUUCGUCCUCGACUACUCCGGUAAUGCUUCAGCAAGCACUUGAAACAGUCAUCGAACGCCGUGUUGGAAGCACAUACGGCCCAGCAGGAGGAAAGCGCUUGACUUUAUUUAUUGAUGACAUCAACAUGCCAUCGGUCAACGAAUAUAGCUACCAAGCGCCCAACGAGUUGGUGCGACAAUUGAUCGAGAUGAAGGGAGUGUACAGUUUGGACAAGGCUGGGGAAUUUCUCUCCAUCAUGGACGUCCAGAUAAUGGCUGCCAUGCGGACCCAUGGAGGAGAUAGAAUGGAUAUUCCGUGCAGAUUGAAGGGUCAGUUUUGCAUGUUCAACACCACACUGCCCAGUCGGAUGACUCUGGAUCAUAUAUUUGGCACUAUCGUUUCGAACUACAUUUCUGCUGAAAGCGGAUUUAGACAGGACGUGGCUGAUCUAAUGCGUCGUUUAGUUAGCGUCACACGCAUCAUUUGGGAGCAGACGAACAUGCAUCUUCGGCCAACACCAAAGCGCUUUCAUUAUGCCUUUAACUUGCGGGACCUCACCAGAAUUUGGCAAGGCAUUGUUGGUAUUGACAAGAAAGUCUCAUGGGACAGCAGCGCUCUGGGAUUAUGGUUCUCCGAGCUGCUGGAUCGGUGCACUCAACUCUUCUCUUGGUUACACGAAGGCAGACCAAAGUCAUUCUGGUUGGCAGGGUUUUUCAAUCCUCCGGUUCGUUAUCCCAUUCUUUCAAUCCUUGCCAGUGAUCUAUGUGCUCCGUCUUUAGGUGGUUAA